AUGACAAUUGAAGCAUAUCACCAAGUGUUCAUAGGGAAAGUACUGAAACGACUCUAUGCUGAGACUUCAUCAUCUUCUCUUGCGCAUACCUCGAAUAGAGAAGAGGAGGCAGUUCUCAGAAAUGUGGCCUCAAAAUCUGAAGAAAAAAAUUUGGGUAAUGUUCAGAAUUCAUCAGCAGUCACUAGCACGUCAACUGAUACACCCAACGAAUCAUUGCAAGGUAGUAACAGUACAAUUCUGUCUCCAAGGAGAAUGUACACAGUGAAUCUUCCUCCGGAAGGUUACGUUGCAGUUACUUCAGAUGCUAUUAGUAUUUCAGUUUCUGAGAACUCGGACAGUAGUGCUGACUCAACAGAGGAGAAAUAUCAAGGACAAACCAAGAGAAAGCGCAUUCGAAGGAAGAAACAAAAGAGCAGUUUGCAAAACUCUAAUAAUUUACAUGAAGAACAAACAGAAUCUGGAAUGCAAGAGACUCUUGUUCAAGAUAAUUUACAGCUGCAGCAGAUAGGCAGUCCCAAAAUAAGCAAAAACAAGAAGAGGAAAAUGAAAAAGAAGCGACAGAAAGAAAAAAUGAGAGCAGCUGGAUUAGUAACAAAAACUACCGGUGUGGAUUUUACAUAUCAGCCUGACAAAAACAACAGAGAAGAAGCAGAAGGAUUAAAAGAUAUAUAUGAAAAGGCAGAUAGCAUUCGGGACUUCCUGCAGGCAACACAACAAAUUUAUUUUGCUGAUAAUAAAUCAGAAUGCAUGGAUUCUGCAGUAAGUUCAGCAACUGCCCAAGAGCUUUUACAAUACCUUGAAUCUCGCACCAUCUCUUCCUCAGAUGUGACUCUUCUACAUCAGUUGAAAUCCCUUUUAUUGCUACAGGAUAUUGAGAGAUUGAAGGAUGCUUUGAAACAAUUCCAAGAACAAUCCAUGAUGCCUCCUGAUCAUACCAAGAUAGUCACAUCUCUGUUUCACUACUGGAUUACAGAUAUCCUUCCUGUGAAGAACAGGAAAUAAAGUCUUGCCUGUGUCCAUAUACACAGGGUUAAAAUGUAAUAUACAAACUCUUAACCAAGUAGUAAUUGUUCAGGAAGAGCAGUCUCAAUACACGUUCUACACCUUCAGGGUUUGAAAUUCUACGAAGACUCAGAAAUCAUGGUUAUUCCUCUCUGGAGAAUGACACCUGGGUAUAUAAGGUUGUUGCAGACUCAAGCUGCAGGAAAAGUCGUUAUCAAAUCAUCAGACACAGUGCUGCAAUGGGCCGCGUUGCUGCUGGGAAUGUCUGGGAUCAGUAUCUCCAGCUACAGCACACACCGACUAACUCAAAAGAAGAGGAUUCCCUUGACCCUUUAAGCUGUGUUGGGAUGUGACCCAAGAAGUAAAGGCUUAUGUCAGUAGUGCUGAUGAGUGGAUUUUCUGCCUCAGUUACCAGUUUGGAGGCAAUGAGUCACUUUGCAACUGUGAUUUUCUACAUGCAAAGUUAAAAACCGGAGAAUUACAGAAUUCUUCAAGAAAGAAAAAAAGAAUAAUGACUAGCAGAGGCAUCAGAUUUCCAAAUAAGAUGAACUGUUUGUAAAUACAAUGGACUUCUUUCGUUAACUAGUGUAUAAACAGAGAGGGAUCUAAAGAUACAAAAUAGAGGUAAAAUCGGAGUAGGGGUGAACAGAUUGAUGGGGGUGCCGUGCUUGGUUAGUGUCACCUUGUUGCAGCUUUUGCAAAUUGAUUUCUACGCAAAGGCUGGUUUUGAAAAGGCAAAGUUAGAAGCAAUAUAUUCCUCAUGACAAGAGUUAGACCAAAUAAAAAUAAUUUCUCAUAAAUGCUUUGUACUGCUUUGUGUUUAUUCCAGAAUUUGUGCACUCUAACCUUUUUCUAUUGAAUCUUAAACGUUUCUUGAUUCCUUUUGUGUGGAAGUGUUAGUGUAUUGUAACGCAAGCUGGUAGCCUUCUGCAACAGCAGAGAUGACCUCAGGCUACACCGUCCAUAUGGUGUUGGGAAGGAACCAUGGCACCAGACCAGAUAACUUCAUAAUUCUCUACAGAAACUCUCUACUCUAGAAAGUAUCAGUAAAAAUGUUGGUUGGGUUUCGUUGCAGAGUUCAAUAUCUGAUCAUGUUCCUCUGCAAAGCCCACUUGUCCUAUAAUAUAUACUCUGAUUAAAAUAAAAAUAGAAAUUAACCUUUUUUCCUUGUUUUCUUGCUCUUUUCACUGGAUGCAAUAGCUUAUUCAGGAAUGUUCUCUUACUGUUGGUUUGCAUUUUACCAACUGUGUCUGUUGUUUUAUGUAAAUAUGGCUUUGUAGGGUCUUCUGUGCGUAUGUUAGCAUUUUAAAUCCUUUGUCUCAGUUACUAAAUGCAAAUAUUAUUUGGGGGGGGUUACCAUGUUUUUAAUUGUUUCUUCUGUCAACAGUGUUUAUAUUCAACCACUAAGGGGCAUCCUGCACAGCUGAAUAUUUUGAAGUCUUCAGAUUGCUCAGUGCAACAUUACAAAUCACAAAUUGAAUCAGGUUGAAAUUUUUACUUUUUCUUUUUGCCUCUGUGUCCCUUUCUCACCCCCUCCAAGAAAUGACUCUCCUCUCUCCACAACUGUUGUUAAAUUGAAGAAGAUGAGAAAAUUAGUCUUUACAAGGUCAUUUUUUACAAUGUACCAGGUCACAUAUUACCUCCAUCAUGUAUAGCCUUCUGUUUAUAUUUAAAUUAAAAAAUUGUAUAAUGGAAUAUCCUGUCUUCUGCCUUCACCUACAAGAAAUAAAACAAAAUACUUGAUUCCUUUGACAAAAGUAAGAAUUAUAUGUCUGUAAAGCAUUUAAUCACAUUGAUUGAAGAUCUGCAAUCUGACCACCACCUUCAAUAUGCCAUAUUUAUAGCUUUUUAAUCAAUGCAUGUGAUUUUAGGCAGCUGCAUUUCUGUUAACUGAUUUCCUGCCUCCAUGCAACAUGAACGUAAGAUCAUUAGAUGUUUUCAGUGCCAUUACUAUGCUAAUAUGAACUCUCUGUUAGAUAAAAGCUAAGGGUAAUAGCAAUAAAAUUUUAAGAAGAUAUACUAGAAUAAAAUAAAUGAUAACUUGACCACUGAGAUGUUCCUGUUUUACUGUAUCAUGGAAAUGAUGCUCAUGAGGAAUAUGUAUUUUUUCCAUGAUAAUUGCUUUGAAUAGUUUUGUUAAAUUUAGCUGGUACCAUGGAAAAUGACAGGAGGACAACACAAGCAAUAGGCUUAUUGAGUGUGAAGAGACUCAGUAAAGGUCCAGGCCUUAAGAGCCUCAGGAGCAUACAGUGAAGCACCAGGAAGGUGAAAUUGAAAUGAAUUACAAAAUGUAUACAUUUAAUCUUGCUGAUGAUGGUUUGGGCCUGGGCUGAAAAUCACCUUUAUGUGACAAGUUGGGACUGCAUCCAGCAGCAGAUGUAGUCAUCUGUAGGUAACCUAACUGCUCCUGUAAAAAUCUAAAUCCAGAAUUUCAGUUUUCUGAAGUACAGCUGCCACCUCUUGCUGGGCGUGAC